AUGAUUGGUGGGUGCAUAGCCUGCUUCUUGACGCUGACUGAUGUUCGUACUGGGCCCAAACCUGACCUCAGUGAGGCCAUGCUUGAGGAGAGAGCCUGUCACGCUUUAGUUAAAAUGCUGGAGAAGUGUCUGUUCAGAUCAAAGCAGACCAAACGUUACUGCUCAUAGGUUUUGGUCCCAGAGAAACUAACUGAGAAAAUAGCUCAAGAUGUGCUUUCUUCCACCGAGCCCUGUAUCUUGAGAGGCUGGGUUAUCUAUGGUCUAGAAACUGGAAAGGCCUGUAAAAAGCUAGAUAGGAUUGCCUGUGACCCUCGUGUUGUUCCCACCUUUGAGCUGAUGCUUGUGUUCAAGCAGGACUGUAGCUCGUGGCUGAGUCUCACGGACUUCUUCACUCGUGCCUGCUUCGCUCCUCAAAGCAGGUGAGCUUUCAUCCUCAGCCCCGGCUUCUGACCUGUUAAGAAAAAGUUGUACUCUGUCAUUGGGACGGUCACUGAGGAAUGCUGA